AUCCCUGGAGAAGUCAUUAACACCCUGUGUGGAUACAGGACACUCGAUAAAGAGCGCCUGGAGCUGCUCAACGUCAUCCACGUGCGAGGCUGCAUCCAUGCCGUCGGGCUCUGGCUCAAAGACAACUUUGAGGCCACUUUGGGCAUCGUUUGCUCACUGCUGCUUCCACAGGUGAUCGGUCUCGUGAUGGCUUGGAUGUAUUGGCAAAAGCUCAAUGAGAUCUACUCCAGGCUGGACACUGUUGACUUCAGGAUCCUGGAGAUGCAGGAUUUCAGCUUCGGGGUGGUGGAUCUGAGCGGCGCAGGCUGGUGCUGGUGCUUGCCCAAGGAAGGGGGUUACGUUCCCGUCAAUGCGGAGGAGGAGGAAGACGAGGAGGAGGAGGAGGAAGGUGCCGUCUGCCACAGCAAAGUGUGA